AUCCUGACCAGCAAUGUUUCGAUUGAUUGCAACCAAAUCUGUCACUGCAGCUACUGUUCGAGCAUCCAAAAGGACUGCUGGAACCAUUUCUGUUAAUGUUCAACGAAUGUUCUCUGCUUCUUCGGCCAGUCGCAAUGCAUUAGGCUCGCUCUUUACUUUCACUGAAGAUGAAAUGCAACUCAAGGAUGCAGUUGCUAGAUUUGCCAAAAAAGAGGUUCAGCCAUUGGUUCACGAAAUGGACGAGAAAGAGAUGCUUGACAAGAGAGUUCUCAAGGGACUUUUUGACCAAGGAUUGAUGGGCAUUGAAACCCCUACUGAUUAUGGUGGCUCGGAGAGCUCGUUUAUGUCGGCAAUUCUCACAAUUGAAGAGCUUGCCAAGGUGGAUCCUUCUGUAAGUGUGAUUUGCGAUGUUCAAAACACUCUUGUGAAUACUCUUUUCAAAAGGUACGGCACUGCCUCUCAAAAGGAAAAGUAUCUGACUGGGCUUGCCACAGACAAGGUUGGAUGUUUCUGUUUGUCCGAAGCUGGAUCUGGAAGUGAUGCCUUUGCACUGCAAACUUCUGCAGUUAAAAAGAAUGGCAAAUACAUUAUUAAUGGAUCAAAGAUGUGGAUCACCAACUCGUACGAAGCCGAAAUAUUCCUUGUGUUUGCCAAUGUCGAUCCAUCUCAAGGAUACAAGGGCAUUACUUGCUUUAUCGUUGAAAAAGAUAUGGGCGUAAAAGUGGCCAAGAAAGAAAUCAAACUUGGUAUUAGAGCCUCAUCUACUUGUUCUCUCUCGUUUGACGAUGUGGAAGUACCUGCUGAAAAUGUUCUUGGAGAGGUCGGUAAAGGAUACAAGUAUGCUAUUGAGAUAUUGAACGAGGGUCGUAUUGGUAUUGCCGCGCAGAUGUUGGGUCUUGCUCAAGGUGCAUUUGACAAUGCGUUACCAUACAUGUACCAGCGUAAGCAGUUUGGUCAGGCAAUCGGUGAUUUUCAGGGUAUGCAAUUCCAAGUAGCUCAAGUUGCUAUGGAGAUUGAAGCUGCGCGUCUUCUUACUUACAAUGCUGCACGUCUCAAGGAAGAAGGCAAGAGCUUUGUCAAGGAGGCUGCUAUGGCCAAACUGUAUGCUUCUCAGGUUGCUGAAAAGUCUGCAUCCAAAGCGAUUGAAUGGGUUGGUGGUGUCGGAUUCACCCGUGAAUUUCCGAUUGAAAAGUUUUACCGUGACUGCAAGAUUGGUGCCAUUUACGAGGGCACAUCCAAUAUUCAGCUGCAGACCAUUGCAAAAUUGCUCAAGCCAAUGUAUACCUAAGUUUUUGAAACAUUUUCAUUUACAGAAUAGCGUAUGAAGCAAAAGUAGCAGAUUUGCGAAGCUUUGUUCAUUUUUAUUCGUGAAUAAACAGCGUGAAGCAUAGCUGCGAAGCGUGAUUU